ACUGACUUCCUCGUUGCUCCCGUCCAAUAACAGGGACAGAUGGAACAACAACAGAAAGAGAAAGUAAAAAAACAUCUCUCAGGGAAGUCGCUCCAUUGUCGUGCUUGUCGUCCAGCAGCAGUACAGGCAUGCCUUUUCCGACGUGCUAACGCUUCAAAACCUCCCUGUAGUCGAUUAUCCUGUUACAUAAAAGGACAUUUUUGGCGCUUGCUGAGUUCAUCUGAGGUCACGAGGAGGAAAAUGUCCCGCGGGUCCAACGCAGGCUUCGACCGACACAUCACCAUAUUUUCACCAGAGGGCCGCCUGUAUCAAGUUGAGUAUGCCUUCAAAGCCAUCUCUCAUGGUGGGUUGACUUCCGUCGGGAUCAGAGGGACGGACAGCGUCGUGGUGGUCACGCAAAAGAAAGUGCCGGACAAGCUGCUGGACUCAUCAACUGUGACCAACAUGUUCAAACUAUCUCCUCGCAUUGGAUGCGUGAUGACCGGGCACAAUGCGGACAGCCGUUCGCAGGUUCACCGGGCCCGGGUAGAAGCUGGAGAAUGGAAGUACAAGUUUGGCUAUGACAUCAACGCAGACGUGUUGUGUCGCAGGCUGGCCGACAUCUCCCAGGUCUACACGCAAAACGCGGAGAUGAGACCUCUUGGCUGCUGUAUGCUGCUUGUGGCCAUUGACUCCCAGCUUGGUCCUGUUCUGUACAAAUGUGACCCAGCUGGCUACUACUGCGGCUUCAGAGCCACAGCGGUUGGCGUGAAACAGACAGAGGCCAACAGCUACCUAGAGAAGAAACUGAAGAAGAAGCCAGAACUGACCCACGACAAGACAGUGCAGCUGGCCAUUUCCUGUCUGUCUUCUGUUCUGUCGAUGGACUUCAAGUCCAGCGAGUUGGAGGUCGGAGUAGUCACCAAAGAAACGCCUAAGUUCAGGACGCUGUCAGAAGCCGAAAUUGAAGUGCAUUUGGUCGCCAUAGCAGAGCGGGAAUAGGCCAACGGCGCCCUACGAUCAAUCACAGCUGUGUGUUCUGGAACGUGAAUCAUGCACACAUCCAUGAAUCAUGAAAUGCCAUAAGAACGGAUGUAAGGGGGUCUGGAUUGACAGGGAUUGAAGAGACAUCUCUUGUGAAUUGUAUUUCUUUUUUAAAUCAAUAUAAGGUAGCAAUGCAAUGCUUUAAAGCUGACGUUGCAUAAUAAACCAUCAGUUACAAACACAGUCAGUAACAUCACUCCUCCUUAAUUAGUCAACUAAGAGAAAUUGAAUGGCCGUCGACAACAAUAUUUGUCACAGCUCAUUUCAUUACUGUAUGUUCAGAUACCACAUUUCCAUGAGACUCAUGUCAAUCCAUUUGCAGCAAAGUCAAUAAAACAGUACAGAAAUUGUUUUGUUGGUUUGUUGGUUUGAUUCAUGAAAUGUCUAGCUUUUUAUGUUUAUCAUUAGCAGGUAUUUUCUAAUACCUCGAUCAAGUUCAAGAAAUUUUC